UAAAGAUAAUUCUCAAGAAAGUAAAGAUAAUUCUCAAGAAAGUAAAGAUAAUUCUCAAGAAAGCAAAGAUAACUUUCAAGAAAAUAAAGAUAAUUUUCAAGAAAAUAAAGAUAAUUCUCAAGAAAAUCAAGAACAAGUUUAUUCUGCAACCAAGAAGUUUUUUAUUAAUUUUAAUGAAAUAAAAAACAAUCUUCAACAAGGUAGACAAAUCCGUGAAUGGAUUAAAAAUAAUAACAUCAAUACAUUAUUUAUCACGGGACCCAAAGCGAGUAACAGUAAUCAUGUUGAUGUUGAUGACAUGACAUAUAAAUUUUGUUUAUAUUUAUUCAAUGAUGUUUAA